GCGGUGGACCAUGGACCAGUGAAAGUUCAGCAUUUGGAGCAUCUGCUCGGUCUCUUCAACAGGAAUUUCACAUACGAUCCUAACCAGACUUGAAGAUCUCGUUAAAACACUUCCUGUCCGCCUGCUCUUACUUCCUCCAACUUUUCUCCUCGCAAACUAAAGUUACUGCUGACCUGACGGCUACGCCAUUACGUCACCCUCGCUCGCGCAGAACGGUCGAACACAUACACACAUCUCUCUCUGACACACACACACACACACACACACACACACACUCUGUCCCACCAACCGCCGCCCUGCAGUCAUGCCACUGACACACGGGCAGAACCGCGGAUUUCACCCCGAAAUAGUUUAAAAAAUAGACAGAAAAGCGCAGAGCCGCUCUGCUGCUCCCGCGCUCCAGCCUGGGAGACCCUGUUGGAUGUGAACCGCCCAGCCGGAGACACUCUUCCGCGGUCGAGGCUCUCCUAUUCGGCCGCCGUGUAUGGGAGUGAAGCGGGGAAAGCGAGCAGACGAGGAGGAGGUCUGAUUUGUCGAGAAGCAAUCAGUGGGCGGAGCCAUGACUGAGGGGGAGGGGCACUUCUACAGUGUGCAGGUGGGCGACUCCACCUUCACGGUGCUGCAGCGGUACCAGCAGCUCCGUGCCAUUGGCUCCGGGGCCCAGGGCAUUGUCUGCUCUGCUCUGGACACUGUCCUGGGUAUCCCAGUAGCUGUAAAAAAGCUCAGCCGGCCUUUUCAGAAUCAGACCCACGCCAAGAGAGCCUACAGAGAACUGGUGCUGCUCAAAUGCGUCAAUCACAAAAAUAUUAUUCGUUUACUGAAUGUUUUCACACCUCAGAAGUCCUUGGAGGAGUUCCAGGAUUUGUAUCUGGUGAUGGAGCUAAUGGAUGCUAGCCUGUGUCAGGUGAUCCACAUGGACCUGGAUCAUGAGAGAAUGUCGUACCUUCUAUAUCAGAUUCUGUGUGGAAUCAGACACCUUCACUCUGCUGGCAUCAUUCACAGGGACCUGAAGCCCAGCAAUAUAGUGGUGAAAUCAGACUGCACUUUAAAGAUCCUUGACUUUGGACUGGCCAGAACCGCCUGCACCAACUUCAUGAUGACUCCAUACGUGGUGACCAGAUACUACAGAGCACCAGAGGUCAUCUUGGGCAUGAAGUACAAGGAGAAUGUGGAUAUCUGGUCAGUGGGCUGCAUCAUGGGGGAGAUGGUAAAAGGCAGUGUUAUAUUCCAAGGCACUGAUCACAUUGACCAGUGGAAUAAGGUAAUCGAGGUGCUGGGCACUCCCUCUCUGGAAUUCAUGAACCGUCUGAUGGAGACAGUUAGGAACUAUGUGAUGAACAAGCCCCAGUUCCCUGGAAUCAGCUUCAGCGAGCUCUUCCCUGACUGGGCUUUUCCUUCAGAGACUGAGCACGACAAGCUCAAGACUAGUCAAGCUCGGGACCUGCUGUCAAAGAUGCUGGUGAUUGAUCCAGAGUGUCGCAUCUCUGUACAGGAGGCCCUUAGCCACCCCUAUAUCCAUGUGUGGUACGACCCAGCUGAGGCUGAUGCGCCUCCACCUCAGAUCUCAGACAAGCAGUUGGAGGAGAGAGAACACAGCAUAGAACAGUGGAAAGAGCUAAUCUAUAAAGAGGUGAUGGACUGGGAGGAGAGGAACAAGAAUGGUGUUCUGAAGGAGGAGUGCUUGGAUGGAGUGGUGAACAGCAGUGCUACAGCCUCUCAGUCGUCCUCCAUUAAUGACAUCUCCUCCAUGUCCACUGAGCAAACGCUGGCCUCUGACACAGACAGUUCCUGCAUCGACACCAUUGCAGGGGGGCUAGAGGAGUGACAGUGAGCCUCUUCUCCCCAGCAUACUCUCUUCCUUUCUCUCUGUCUCUCUCUUUCUCUUUCUCCUUCACUUUGUCUCUCAUUUUCUCUCUUGCCUCAUCUCACCCACAUUUUUCCAGAUGACAGUGUGGCCCAUGAUUUGGUCAAGACUGUAAAGUGGUGUGACUCUUGUGGAUGGAGUUCUUGCACAUUUCUCGUCCUCUAAGUGAUGAGGAAAUGUGAAUGACUGACUGGUUUCUAGUUUUCUUCUUUCUUAACUGGUUUCAUUGCCUUAUGAUCCCGUGUGACUUUUACAUUUAAAUAGUUUCACUAGUAAUGCAUAUAGGCUAAAUGACUUACUCCAUGGUCUGUGGAGUUUAUCAGUGCUUGUUCAUUUUAGGGCCCCCCUCUCUGCUGAACAGGACUGCAAUAAUGAAAUUAAAUGGUUAUGUAGAGAGUUGGAACAAGGGGUUAUACUAGUCAAUAAGAAUUUUACCUCUUGCAUUAAAGCAACCAACCAAGUCAAGACUAUACGGUGACAAUGCUAAAUGUAGCCCCUUUUAACAUUUGCCUGUCUCAGUAAUUGCUUCCUGUGUGAAUGGGUGAGUAGGGCCUCAGAGGUUUAUAUUAAUACUAGCAAUGUUUUUAGCUCAUAAUUUCUUAAUUUCAUUAAGAGGUGAGCUAAUGGAUUGUUGUGUGUGUGUGUGUGUGUAUCUCUCUCUCUCUCUCUCUCUCUCUCUCUCUCUCUCUCUCUCUCUCUCUCUCUCUCUCUCUCUCUCUCUCUGUCU